AAAGAUUAAAGACAAUGUUAUGUUGGGUUAUGUGAGUGGGUUACCAUUACCAAUGUAACCAUUGCACUCUGUCUCUUUUGGGGUUUCUUAACUAAGUCUUUGAAUUUGCAGAUAAAGGAAACCCCUCCACACUGAACCAACCUUACCUCUCUUGCCUGCACUUUAUUCCCCUUCAAAUUCCCUGCUUUACUCUGUACGACCCUUCUUUAUUACUCUCUCUCAUGUUUUCUUCUGCAUUGUCCUCUUCACUACUACCUUGUUGCCCAUUUAAGAUUUUUUCUUAUUUUCUUCAAGCAGGAAUGAUAUUUUGAUGUAUUAACUUGUCUCAACAAUGAGAGAUGAGAAUUUGAAGAAGAGCAAGCUUUCAUGGCCAAAAACAUUGGUCAAAAAAUGGUUCAAUAUCAAGAGCAAAUCUGAGGACUUUCAAGCAGAUGAUAUCAUUUCUCAAGUUGUUGAUGAAGAGUAUAGAAGCAACUACUCAGAAAUGGAGACAUGUUCUAUCAAGAAAAGCAAAACAGAGAGAUCAAGCAGAAGGUACAUAGAUAGAAUGCAAAGAGGUAAGAAUUACCUUGGUGAAGCUCAGGUUAACGAUGUAUGUAAUUAUAGAAUCUUUGUUGCUACUUGGAAUGUGGCAGGGAAGUCGCCUCCGAGUUAUUUAAGUCUUGAAGAUUGGCUUCACAUUUCUCCGCCGGCUGAUAUCUACGUUCUUGGGUUUCAAGAAAUUGUGCCUCUCAAUGCCGGUAAUGUUUUGGGAACAGAAGAUAAUGGUCCUGCAAAAAAAUGGCUAGCCCUUAUAAGGAAGACGCUGAACAACCUUCCGGGAACAAGCGGUGGAUACCAUACUCCGUCUCCUAUUCCCGCUCCUAUUGUAGAACAAGAUGCUGAUUUUGAAGGAUCGAUGAGACAGAAGGCAACCUCUUUCUUCCAUCGGAGAUCCUUCCAAGCCAUGAGUCGUAGUAUGAGAAUGGAUAAUGACAUGUCGCUUCCACAAUCAUGCCUUGAUCGACGUCUCAGUGUCUGUGAUAGAAUGAUAUCCGGUCACAGGACAAGUGACUAUGACGCCAAUUGUCGGUGGGGAUCGUCAGAUGAUGAAAAUGGAGCUGGAGACUCACCGAUUACAACAGAUUAUUCGCCAAUGUCAAACGGAGGUUGUUUACCUAUGGAGGAGAGUGACAGACCGAUAGGAAACUCAAGAUACUGUUUGGUUGCUAGUAAGCAAAUGGUGGGUGUAUUUCUAACCGUUUGGGUGAAAAGUGAUAUCAGAGAUGAUGUUCAUAACAUGAAAGUGUCGUGCAUUGGAAGAGGAUUGAUGGGAUAUCUCGGAAACAAGGGUUCAAUAUCGAUUAGUAUGUCAUUGCGCGAAACAAGUUUUUGCUUCGUCUGUAGUCAUCUGACUUCCGGUCAAAGGGAUGGUGAUGAGCUAAGGAGAAAUUCCGACGUAAUGGAGAUUCUCAGAAAGACAAGGUUUCCACAGGUCCAUGACACAAAUGAUGUGAAUUCUCCUCAGACAAUUCUUGAACAUGACCGAAUAAUUUGGCUGGGGGAUUUAAAUUAUCGGAUAGCUCUUUCUUACCGUGGAGCAAAAGCUCUUGUUGAGAUGCAUGAUUGGAAGACUUUGUUGAAGAAUGACCAGCUGUGUAUAGAGAAGCGACAAGGUCGAGUCUUUACAGGAUGGAGUGAAGGGAAGAUAUAUUUUCCUCCGACAUAUAAGUAUUCAAACAAUUCUGACAGUUAUGCAGGUGAUGACAGACGCUCGAAACAAAAGAGAAGAACUCCGGCAUGGUGUGAUCGUAUCUUGUGGUAUGGAAGUGGCUUACAACAAUUAUCUUACGUUCGCGGCGAGUCGAGAUUCUCUGAUCAUAGGCCAGUUUGUAGCAUAUUCUUGGCAAAAGUUGAGUCUAUUAACAGUAACCAAGUAAAGAAAGGCUCUACUUGUUCGAAUUCCAGAAUUGAAGUAGAAGAGUUAUUGCCGCAUUCACAUUCACAGGGUUAUGGCUACACUGAUUUCCAUUUCUAUUGAUGAAUACACACAUGUAAAUGUAAUUCUCUUUCUAUGAGCUCAACUCGACUAAUUGAGGGGACUUCGACCGAAACAUCAAACUAUGUUGUCACACAAGGUUGGCAAUGCUAUGAGGAAUGGUAGCCGCUGGUGAUCAAGAGAUUUUUGAUUCCCUCGAAGACCCUACGAAGCUGCAGAGUUUAUGAGUUUGUCAACACCUAUUGAGUAUGAAUAUCUGCAGCUCACAAUCUUAUUAAGGGCGGGAGAAGGCUAUGCGAUUCGAUUCAAAGAAAAUUGCAUCUGAAUUCUUUAAUAAAAGAUAAUGAUUUGGUGGCAGCUUUCGAGUACGCGACUAAGAGUCGAGUCUGUUUGGUUGAGACUUGAGAGGAGGGAAGGAAAGGGAGGGAAAUAACUCUUUUUGUUUGGUUCACAAGGGGCGGAAAAUUGAGAUGAUGCUAGAAAUGUAAAGCAAGUUGUUCUUUUUUCAUAUAAUGCCAAGAUCAUGCUUGUGCCAAGAAUUAAUAAAAUUCACUCAAGAUCAAACA